GAACUAUACCAUCCCUCAUCACCACACGAAACCACGUUUCCAUUAAGAACUACCACAUCCCCCACCAUUCUAACCUUAAUUAUCAUCAUCUCCCUUCCUUCCUUAUAAGCACAACAUAUUAAACAUAGAGUGUCUCUACUACUCAUACGCCAUCAUCAAAUAAAACCAACCUACUCAUUUCACACAACUUAUGAAGUUUGGUAAUAAUCUACAACAUCUAUCGAUCCCCGAAUGGAGAUGUUAUAACAUCGAUUAUAAUGAUCUUAAAUAUCAAAUUAGAACAGUAACCCAAUCAAGAACUUCAAAUUUAAAACCUUUACAUCAAUCAUUUAUCGAUAACUUUGAUUAUGUCAACUUGUUUGUUCAAACCAAAUAUGGUGAAUUAUUACGAAAAUUUAAUUAUUUUGAAGUUUAUUUCGAUCAAUUAGUUAAUAGUUCAAUCGAUAUUGGUAAUAAAAAUAAAUUAAGAUCAAUUUUAAUCGAAAUUGAUGAAAUCUUUUAUCAAGUUAUUGAAAUAUCUCAAAUUUUAAAAAAUUUAUCAAAAUUUAUCUUAAUUCAAAAAAUUGCUGUAAAGAAGAUUUUUAAAAAGUUUUUAAAAUAUUAUAAAGAUGAUUCUUCAUCAAAUUCAACAAAUACUCCAAAUAAUGGGAAUCAAAAAUCAUUAAAAUUCAUUAUAAAUUUAAAAAAUUAUCUUUUAUUAAAUAAAAAUUCCUUUGUUAACUUUAAUUCAAAUGAUUUAACUAUAAAAUUAACCAAUAUAAUUCUGUCAAUUAAAAUUGAACAAAAAAGAUAUUAUAAUUUAAUUAAUAAUAUUUCAACUCAUAAUCCUGCAUUUCCAAAUCAUUUAGGUCGAAAAAAUUCUUUUUAUUCAAAUACUUCCAUAUCUGAAGGUUCUCAAUAUCAAAAUUCAAUCUUACCUAGAACUAAUAGUUAUUUUACUCUACAAAGUGGUAAUUUAUCUUCAUCAGCUGGUGAUGGAAGUCCUCCUACAACUCCAUCCGGUUUAACUCUGAAUUCAGCUUCCACUCAUCCGCAUUAUCAUAUUCAACAAGAUCCCCCAACCAAUGAAGCCAAUUUUGAUCUUGCUAUAUGUGUCAAGAAAAAUUUCGAUUUAAAUUGUCUUAUCCCUGAUGAUCCAAAUACUCUUAAUGAAAUCUUAUUAAAUUUAAAUAUUUAUUUGAAUUUUAAAAAUUAUGAUAAUAAUGCCCCUCCUACAACUUUCCUUUCCUUUAUUUAUUUAACUAAUGCCAAUAAUAAUGAUUAUCAUGAACCUUCAUAUAUCAUAUCUCAAAAAGAUGAAUCUUUUUCCAUCAUUGUGGGGUAUAUUGGGGGUUUAAGAAAAUAUAGUUAUUGUAUCUUACCUAAUGAUAUUGUUCAAUUAUUCGUAAAUCAUUUAAAUAAUCGUGAUAACGAAGAUAUUAAACAUAAAUUAUAUGAUUAUUUUAAAUCGAAUAAAGUUAGUUCAUUAACAAGAAAGACUUUUGAUGCUAUUUUAACUAAUAAUUUAAAACCAACUUUAAGAUUAAUUUUACAAAGAAGAAGAUAUAUAUUGAGACAAACUGAAGAAGCUGAAGAUAAUGAAGAAGAAAAUGAAUUAAAUAUUGAUGAUCAAUCUCAAAAUCAACCAUCGCAACAACAACCAGGAGGUGGUGAUGAUGAUAGUAAUGGUAAAUCAAAAAUUAGUCAUAAGUAUCAAGAUGAUUAUUUAAUUGCAUUAGAUACCGAUAUUUUCACUACUAAUAGUUCAACUUAUGUUUCAGAUAUCACUUUCCCACCCAAUUCAACUGAUGAUGAAACUCAAGAUAUUGUAAAUAAUUGGGAAAAGUUCCCUCAUAAUCAUCUUUCCCUUUAUUCCAAUGAUUCUAAUUUAAAUAAUUUUGAAAAUUCCUUAAAUUCAGUUAUAAAUGUUAAAGAUGGAUUAUUAGUUAAUAACUAUUCAUCAAGUUUAUUAAAACGGUUACCAAUCAAAUUACAAAAUUUAAUUAAUAAUAAUAAUCUGAUUAAUUUAUUUAAAGGACUCGAUUUUUAUUCAUAUAUGAAUUCAUGUUAUAAUAAUAUAGUUCCAGAGGGAAAUUAUAUUAAUAAUCAUUAUAAUUAUUUAUUAAAUUUAAAUUUAUUAAAGAAUUUUGAAAAUAUUGAAAAUUUUAAUAAUCAAUUAAAUUCAGAAAAUUUAAUCAUUAAAGAAAAAUCAAAUAAAAUUUUAAAACAUCAAUUAUCUUUAAAAUCUUUAUCAAAAUUUAAUCAACAUAAUUAUCAUACAUCAACUAGAGCUCCUGAUUUUUACCUUAAAGCCAAUCAAGCCCAUUUCCAACAACAACAGCAACAGCAACAGCAACAACAACAAAGUGAUUCAUUUGGUACUAAUAAUAGUUCCAAUAAAUCAGUCUUCACUAAGAAUAACACCGACGACGAUGAAGAAGUUGAUGAAGAUGAAGAUGAUGGAGUUCUUAAUAUGAAUGUUAGUCAUCAAGAUAUUUUACAAUUCAGACGUCAAAGUGCUGAUGAAGAACUUGCUCAAGAACAAUUGAUUGAUAAUUUAGAUGAGAAUGAAUAUUCCAUUUAUUUAAAAUUAAACAAUGAAGAACAAGAUCAAAAUCUUACGUUAAUUAAUUUCAUGAAUAAAUUUAUGAAAUUGAAAAACAAUGCUUAUACUCAAUUCAAAUCAAUUUUAUUCAUGGAGCCUUUCAAACAUAAUCAUCGUCAUCGUCAUCAUCUUAAUUCUUCUUUAUUACCUCAAUAUAAGAAGGAUAUACAUUCUCAAUCAUCAUCAUUAUUAAGGCCUGUUUCAUCUUCAGAAAUUGAUUAUAGUAAUCCAUAUGCUUAUAGUACUAAUGGUAGUGCUGGUGUUUAUAAUUAUGAUUCUAUUAAUGAAGAACCUCCUACAUUUUUAAAUCGUAAUAAGUAUCUGAAUAUUCAAUAUCAUUAUGAAUUAGAUUAUGAUCAAACUUUAUCAUAUAUUUAUUUUUCAUUAAAUUUGAUGUCAAUCUUUUUAAGUGGGAUUGAAUUAGGAAUAAUUUAUAGUAUUUUUAUUAUAAAUCAUACUGAUGAUCCAUCUAUAAAUCCUCCCCCUCAAUUUUUAAUCAUGAAUAAUCUUUGGUUAAUUUUAAUUUUAGUAAUGGGAUUAUUAUUAUCAUUAAUUUUCAGUAUGAUUAGUAUUAAUUUAAUCUUUCAAAGAUAUCAUCAAGCUCCAUUAUAUCACACAUUUAUUGCAUGGAUUGGAUUUACUAUCGUUUGUGUAUGUUGUAUCUGGUCAUUUGUAUUACUUAUGCAAGGAUUCUAACAUGGUUUCAAUCAUAGGGUUCCAUCUUUUUUAUACAUUUUUUUACAUUAAACACAUUUUCACAAAAAAAGUUUUAUUUGAUUUUACUUUUAAGUUGUUUUCGGUUUCGGUUUCAUUUUUAUACUGCAUUCUUUUUUUUUAUUGUUCCUAUUUCUUCUUUUUUACAUUCAUUUCAUUCAAAUCUAAUAAUUCUUAAUGACUUUUUUAAUGGUUAAAUUGCAUUUCUUUUUCUUUAAUUCAUUCAUUCAUUCAUUACUUCAUUGUUUGCUCUUUAUAUAGAUAUAGUAGUAUAUAGAUGUCGUAAUAAAACAUGUACA